AUGCAAAAACACGUGGUUCAAUUUAUUUUGUUUGCUAUUUUUGUUAACACACAGGAAAUACCGUAUAAUUGGUUGUAAGUUUUAUUUCAGAACUUUUGGAUUACUGUAUCCCCCCCCCCCACAUUUUUUUUCAUAUUUCAGAACCUUGGCAUUUGUUGGUAACAGUGAAUAUCAACCUCGUCCACAUUAUCAAUCUUUCGACAAAGAACAUUUCAAAGAUUUAUGUCGUCGUUUAGAUGGAUUAAAUACAAUUCAACAAACAAUGUGUGCUGAAAACCCAUUUGCAAUUCCAUUUAUCGCAAGAGGAGUUCGAGAAGCAAUUCGAGAAUGUGAAACGAAAUUCACAAUGGAAAGAUGGAAUUGUUCAUCGAGAGAUGAAGUGACUGAAACAAAACAUGGAAAAUUUCAAGAUAUUCUUGGAAAAACUUUUCGAUCGGGAAAUAAAGAAGCGGCUUUUUUGACUGCUUUGAUGUCAGCGAGUAUUGUUCAUUCAAUUACAAAAGGAUGUAAUACGGGCAAUUUGACAGAUUGUGGAUGUGAUAGUAAACCAGGAAUGCAGAGAUAUAUUGCUGAAAAUGAUGGAAGUACUGCGCUGAAUCGUGAUCAAUUUUCAUGGGGUGGUUGUUCGGAUAAUGUUCCAUAUGGUUUAAGAUAUGCGAGAAGGUGAAUUGGGGUUUUUGAAACUUUCAUUUUUUGAAGUCACGUUUUUUUUCUGUUAAAAAUACGUAUGUUCAAACUUUGCCACGUCAUAAAACAUGUUCAGAACCCAAUUUUGAAGGUUUCUGAACCGGAUUUUUUCAAGAAAAAAUCACAUUUUUCAUAUUCAAAAACCUUUUUCCAGAUUCCUGGACGAUUUCGAUCAAAAAGAAUUCGAAGAAACCAAAAACGUCAUCAACCUCGUUCGAAAACACAACAAUUUUGUGGGCCGCGAAGCAAUUGCUCAAAACAUUCGUCGACAAUGUCGUUGUCACGGUGUUUCAGGAUCUUGCGAGUUCAAAACUUGUUGGCUACAAAUGCCCAAAUUCGCGCAGGUUUCCGAUCUCCUCAAGAAGAGAUAUGAUCAUUUUUCGGUGCAGGUGAAUUUUUUGAGAAACUACAUUUUAUGCGGCUCAUCAAAGAGAUUUUCAGGUGACACGAAAAGCCACAAAAAGGCUGCGAAGAAAAGAGCGAAGUGAGCGAAAAAUUCCACUUCGAGGAAAUGAGAUGGCAUUUGUUCAUAGAUCUCCUUCUUAUUGUGAAAGAAAUGAUACAGCUGGAAUAUUGGGAACAACUGGAAGAGAAUGUCUUCAUAAUUCGUAUAAUUCCGAAAGUUGCGAUCUUUUAUGUUGUGGUCGCGGAUAUAAUACACGAUUGGAAGUUCGAGAAACUCAAUGUGAAUGUAAAUUUGUGUGGUGUUGUGAGGUGAAAUGCAAAACUUGUACUGAAGAAGUUGCGGUGCAUACUUGCAAAUGA